CCACUUUAAGCAGCCUAUGGACAGCCACCGCGCUUGAACCUCACCCAUUGUCAUCGAGUCCAAGCGCGUUAUUGCAUUGGAGCCACGGACACUCUGAGCCGCGCUUUGGAUUUCUUCUCAGCAAUAAAACCGCACGAAAAAAUGAGACUCUCUUCUCCAAACUCGCCCUGCAUCCGAGUCGCUGUCGGCCAUGCCCAGUCCCUCGCUGCGAUCGCCCAACGCGUUCAUCCUGUUCCGCUCGUUCUUCUCCAAGAACCACUCGCCGCCCAAUGCAGCCCAAGCGCACGUCAGCGCGCUCGCAGGCCAGGCUUGGCGUGGUCUCGCCGACGCAGAGCGUGCUGUGUGGCAGGAGCGCGCCGCAGAGCUCAAGCGGGCGUGGAUGCGGGCGUCGGAGAAGCGUGCAUUGGAAGAGGGCGCCGAGCCUCUCCCGAGGAAGAGAGGGCACCACCAUCCUAGCCAGCACCCGCCCGCUGUGCAGCGGCUGGACCAUUCC